CACAAGAUGGCGGCCACCGUGGCGGCAGCGUUUAGUAAAGUUUGCAGAUCUUUUAUUUCUUCAAAUCCAGCGCUUCAAUCUCCAACUGCAAGAGGAUUAGCCAAGGACACGCUUCCUUGUUUAAGAAGAUUGGUUCACACUGAUGGAAUUAGCUAUGAAUUUAAGCCAGAUAGACUUAAACAGAUUAACGCAUCACCCAGUGGAUGGGUUCCUCCUGCUACUGAAAAGCCAAACUUGCCUUUCUUCAUUAAAAGAAGCAAAUACAACAACAUUCCAGUAUAUACGGAUUAUAGAAGUGGAAGAACUCGAAAGUUAACGAUAAUAAGAAGAGUCAAAGGAGAUCUUAAGGCACUAGAAGAAUGUCUGAAAAGUCACCUCGGAAAUGAUAUUAUUACCUCAAGAAAUGAACUGACAAGCCAAGUAAAAAUAAGAGGAAGUUACAAAGAUGAAGUCUUCACGCUGCUGAAACGCUUGGGAUUCUAGGAAUUCCAUAUCAAAGAAAAGUACUUCUUUGAAAUAUUAGAGAAGUCCAUAAAUCUCCUUUGGAUGUGGAUUACUGGGAAGAUAUGUUGGUGUGAUAUGCCACUGAAGUUAACAGCUAUCAUGGAUGUAAAAAUGUUUCACCACUCCAGCAGAUAUUGGGCUCAAGAAUCAAAUAUUAAAAAUGCUCAGCAUGA